GCGGAAACACGCCACAGAUGGACUUGGGUCCAUCAAUCAGCUAGCUGCCAUGGCUCUGUCACCAAAGACGCCCGUGGGAACCGUGACGAGUGAGGAACUUCUGCACACGAUGAGCAAUUUUAUAGAUAGCGUUCUUCAGGCGGCGUUACAAGACAUCGACAGUCCCAAUGCCGUCUUUUACUUGAACCAGGCCUUUUCCGCCACGUGUUACGUGAGUCUGCCGAUUCAAUCAGCUUCCAAAGGCGCGAAUUCUACGACGCCAACAGGAUUCUCAACGACGAUUACUGGCAAUGGCACACACUCCGCAGCUGUGCGAAGGUUUCUUGCCCAGGUGUUUCUUCUUGCGGCUUUGAUGUGCGUCAAGGUGUACCGUUUUCCUAAUUUUCUUAACCCCACCUUUACGAAAGCUCGUGAACUUGCAGAGGGUGACAAUCACCUCAUGGUGCUUCUCUCAAAAGCGCAGCAGUCACUUGGGUCUUACUCUCCUCACUCUGUUGAGGUGGGCUGCCCAACACUUGGGGCAUCGAUACCCUCCUAUGAUAUAGAAGAUGGGAUCCAGUUGAAGUCGAUACUGACAAAGGAACCACUCGCUGGAGCGGUGCAUGUUUUGGAGGACGGUGUCUCACUCAUGGGGAAGAGUGAGGCGUUUCAGUGGAUGUUAUGUUGCGCCUUUUCACCCCUUGCGUCAGGGGCUCGGUUCUUACCCUUAUAG